AUGGCAAUUGGAAAGGAGGGCAACGUCAAAUGGGUCGAUGGCCUCCGCGGCAUCGCCUCCGCCCUCGUGGUGAUGACCCACCUCGCCCGCGCCUGGGACGGCGAGCUCUUCGGCGCGACGUCAGCAGAGGGCGCGCCGCCGCGGCUCAUGCAGCUCCCCUACCUGCGCAUCCUGAUCCAGGGCCGCAUCGGCGUGACCAUCUUCGCCUUCGUGACGGGCUACGUGUGCGCGCUCAAGCCCAUCCGGCUGUGCCGCCAGGGCAACCAGGAGGCCGCCUUCGUGUCCAUCAGCAAGUCGGCCCUGCGGCGCAUCCCCCGCCUCGUGCUGCCCGCCGCCGCCGCCACCGCCGUGUCGUGGCUCAUGGCCGAGUUCGGGCUGUACGCCGUCGCCAAGCACCAGGACAGCUGGUGGAUCGACGUCCAGAGCCCCAACAGGAUCGCGUACCUGGGCGAGGCCCUGGCGAACCUGGUCUACUGCAUCGUGACGACGUGGACGAGGUCGGGGAACGAUUAUGACAACAGCCAGUGGACGCUGUUGCCGUUGCUCAAGGGGAGCAUGUGGGUUUACUCGUUCAUGGUGGCCACGGCGUACGUGAAGCCGCGGUAUCGGAUCAUGGCGAGCUUUGGGUUCUGGGUCUACUUCUACUGUGCUAGCGACUCCGCCUUCGGCAUGCAGUUCUUCUGGGGCGCCUUCAUCGCCGACCUGCAAAACCACCCAUCAACAACGCAGUUCAUAUCCGACCGCGCCCGCCUCAGCAAGAUCCUCUCGGCCGCCCUCGUCUUCGCCGGCCUCACGUUCGCCUCCUUCCCCGAGGGCCACGCCGAGUGGAUGACGUGGUCGCGCAUCCUCCUCGACUUCAUGCGGCCCAUCCUGCCCGAGAACCCCGACUUCCCCCGCUUCGCGAGCGGCAUCGGCCUCGAGCUCAUCAGCCUGGGCGUCCUGCUCAGCCCGCCGCUGCAGAGGCUCCUCAGCGGGAGGUACCUGCUGUUCCUCGGCAGGAUGAGCUUCGCCGUGUACCUGCUGCACGGCCCGCUCAUGAAGACCACGCUGGUGUGGAUGCUCUACGGCGUGCAGGCGCCGCCGGACCACGAGAACGACAAGGGCGAGAUGGAGAUCACGCGGCUCAAGUUCCCCGGGGACCUGGCCCUCAUCCUGUGGCAGUUCAUCUGGCUGCCCAUGCUGUACUUUAUCGCGAACCUCUGGACGGCGCAUGUGGAUCCGUGGUGUGAGAGGAUGACCAACAGGCUUGUUGACUACGUGACGCUGGACGCGUCGGAGAAGCCUUCGGUGCUGCCUGGGAAAUAA